AUGGUGAUAACGAUAAUGGUAACAAUGGGUCAUAAUAACAGGAACAAUAACAAUGUUGUAGAUCAAGCAGCUUUCAAUGCCAAAGAAUAUUUCAAGUGUCAGCUCCUGUAAACUGUGUUUGUCUGCAUCCAAAUCAAGCAGAACUUAUUGUUGGUGAUCAAAGUGGUGUUAUACAUUUAUGGGAUCUACGUUCAGAUCAUAAUGAGCAACUGAUACCAGAGGCUGAAGCGUCUGUGCAAGAUGUUGCGAUUGACCAAGAUGGUACAUAUAUGGCAGCAGUAAAUAACAAAGGCCACUGCUACAUUUGGACACUUACUGGGGGUGUAGGUGAUGAACCUACCCGUCUUAAUCCUCGUCACAAACUUGCAGCACACAAACGUUAUGCACUUCGAUGCAAAUUUAGCCCUGAUUCUACACUUUUAGUGACUACGUCUGCUGACCAAACUGCGCGUGUUUGGAAAACCACAGAUUUUUCGGAGGUACAAAUACUUCAACAUGAGGCAAAACGAUGGGUCUGGGAUGCUGCAUUUAGUGCAGAUUCACAAUACAUAUUUACUGCUUCAUCCGAUGGUGUUGCAAGAUUAUGGAAUGUAUCAACAGGAGCAGUAGAACGAGAAUAUCAGGGUCAUCAAAAAGCAGUUACUGCUCUUGCAUUUCGUGACGAGGUACUUUCUGCUUCUUAAAUGAAUUGUACAUUUGUUUAAAUUUUUGAAUAAAAUAUUGUUUUCAUGAACACAAUAUUUUUGAAUAAUAAAAAAUAUCGUUUUGGCUUGUAAUUUAUAUUAAAUUAUGUAAUUCGUGCUUUGUUGUCUUUUUUUUUAUUUGUGCCUUUUUUCCCCGCUAUUUUUCCAAUUACUAUUUCGAUUUUAUUAUGUACGAUCUUACACAAUAUAACCAUUCCCAUUUGAGAUCUUAAAAUAAAUUUGCACAUUCUCAAGCGUAUACGUAAAUCACAACAUGACUUUUAAGUAUCUACAUAACAUUAAUUUUAUCUUUCGAUAUGAUAAUAAGUAUGAUAACGAUAAGAUAAAACUGUAAUUACAAUCUGGGAAAUAAAACAGAAGAAAAAAUAAUUUUCUUAAGAUUCCAAUUUAGGAAAAUAAUAUAUAUAUUUUCCAUUUAACCACUGGAAUCUUCAUUCUUUUAGUUUAUCCUUCAUAAUUAUAGUUUAAGUACUUUAAAUUAAAGGCAAUUUUUCUACUUCACCCAUUUCUGUAAAAGUUUCGUCAUCCAUUGUAUAACUUAACAUGAACUUUAAUGAUACUGGUUCCUAGAAAAUAGAUCACAUCAAAAUUAUUAUUCGAAAUACAAAAGAAAUAAUUUCAUUGUCUUACCUUUGUAGGAUUUGCAAUUAGCAUAAUUUGAGUAAUUGCUGAUGGUGGUAAGAAUGGAUUGUGAGCAGGCAGUCCUGUUCCAGAAGGUGGCUGAAGUCUACAUUUACAUUUCUGAAAGCAAAAUAUUGUCAAGAUUUUCAAAUAUUAUAAUUCAAUCCAUUGAAUUAUAAUAGUUAACUAGUUGCAUUAAGAAUAACAAUAAUGAAUCGCAAAUUAAAUAAAUAUUUAAAACAUACUUUUGGCACCACUGCUUGAAACAAGUAAUCGGUAAGUGGCUUCGAAUUCUUACUCAUUGUCGUAAUUACUACAACAAACACAUCUUCCCUUGGAUUAUCCCGAGCAAAAUGGAGUACAACGGAUAUUCCGUUUUUCUCUUCGAUUACUGUCAUAGGUGGAUUAAUACCUAUCGAACCAAGAAUUUUUUUAAAUCGCAUAUAUUUUAUUAGGUAUCCGACUAG